AGUGACGUGCACUCCUCACGUGACCCGAGCCGCAGACCUACGCAGCCUUCGGUGCAGCCCUCACUCUCCUCUGGCUACCAGCUCCCCGCUGCCCUGCACACAGCAGGGUAGCAUUGGCAGGGGGAAAGCAGAGCAGAUCUGUGGGGCCCUGGGCCAGGCGGCGCUCGUGGCAGCAAGAAUCGGGAAAGGGAAGAGGAGGAGAGACAAGGAUAGGCCCAGAAAAACAACCAGAAAAAAAAAUCUCAUCAUGGCCAAUAUCCACCAGGAAAACGAAGAAAUGGAGCAGCCAAUGCAGAAUAGAGAGGAAGACCACCCUUUGGGAGGAGGUGAAGGCCGCCAGCCUGCAGGAAAUAACAGACGACAGGCUCGCCGACUUGCCCCCAAUUUUCGAAGGGCCAUACCCAAUAGGCAGAUCAAUGAUGGGAUGGGUGGAGAUGGAGAUGAUAUGGAAAUGUUCAUGGAGGAGAUGAGAGAAAUCAGGAGAAAACUUAGGGAGCUACAGUUGAGGAAUUGUCUGCGUAUUCUUAUGGGGGAGCUCUCCAAUCACCAUGACCACCAUGAUGAAUUUUGCCUUAUGCCUUGACUUCUACCACGUUCCAUGAGAUUGAUACUGUGAUUCCCACUGUUUUCAUUGCAUUUUCCUAAUAUGCCUUUAUUGAUCCAUUUGCUGUGAACCUUUUGUUAUUUCCAUGUGUCAGGUGGGUCUUGUGUUGCCAGCAUCUAAAUUUCUGUCACCAGUAGAAUUUUAUAUAUUUGCAUGGAAAAAUGUGAAGUUAAUAAAGCACUUAAUAAGCUAUGUAUA